GGAAAGGAUGAUGAAGCUAAGAUGGCAGCACUACUAAGGGUGCAGCCUGUCCGGGGUCAAGAAAAACACAAGGAACAAACAAAAACAAAGGGCGACACAACGCAUUUUUGAAGAAAAGUCGCAGCUGUCAUUCAAACAGACGAGACAAUAUGGCCUGAAUCAGUGAAUAUCCGAAGACAAUAACUGAAUUGUUGUGCUGAAAAGGAAGGAUAUUUCGCAUUCGCACAAGGGAGUGUGGCUAUAUUAUGCUGUUUAAAUUGGACGUUGUGGAUGUAACGAUUUUGUUGUUUUGUGCAUUUAAAUGAUAGGUAAAACAACUGUCUAUAUGCACUGUGUUCUUAAUGACAGAUUGGAAUAACCGUUCGCUAGGUAUUUAUAAAUGCUUUUGAUGUAACGUUAAUAUAUGGAUUGUUCCACAAAACGAUGAUGUGUGCAGCUGCGGCAGCGGGUGCCGGUGGGAUUCUGUCUUCCUCAUCUCCUGCUGUGGAGUUGGGUGUUGGGGUAAUUUCUGGGGUUGGAUCGGAUUUUCCUUGCAUUGGAUCGGGUAUGGGUUCUUGUCCCGCUCCCGGGGCCCAGUCAGAUUGCCGGAGCCGGUAUCAGCUUCUACUCUCAGGAAGAGCUUUGGCGGAAAGAUAUCGGAGGAUCUAUACAACAGCUAUCAACGACAAAGAGCAGGGAAUAAACCCAGGAAGGGGAAAGAAGACCUUGAGCAAGAAGAAGCUCAAAAGGCGACAGAAGGUCAAAUCAAAAGUCAAAACAAGAACAAAGACCGACUCUCUGGACGGGGCCUUCUCUGUGCCGGACAUCAAGCUCCACAGCAACCCCUCGGCCUUCAAUGUCUUCUGCAACGUGCGGCACUGUGUGCUGGACUGGCAGCAGCGGGAGGCCUCCCUCGCGCUGGCCUCCCGAAACUCAGUGCAGAGCGGGGACUCGGACAGCGAGGAAGAGGAGGAGUGCCGGGAGCCCGCCAUCAAGCUGCCCAAGAUCAUCGGCAUCGGGCUGUGCGGGGUAUUCGAGCUCAUUAAGGAGACGCGCUUCUCGCACCCCUCCCUGUGUCUGCGCAGCCUGCAGGCUCUGCUGGACAUGCUGCAGGGCCAGCAGCCGGAGGGCUUCCAGACCGAGCCGCCCGACGUGCUGGAAUCUCUGUUCCACCUGCUGCUGGAGACGACAGUGCGGAGCACGGGGAUGAAUGACACUACGGGGCAGGCCCUGACAGCGCUGUCCUGUGCCUGCCUCUUCAGCCUGGUGGUGUCCUGGGGAGACACGGGCAAGAUCCUACAGGCCGUGUCUGCCAUUCUCACCAACAACGGCAGCCAUGCCUGCCAGACCAUACAGGUGCCCACCAUCCUCAAUGCCCUGCAGCGGAGCGUCCAGGCCGUCCUGGUGGGGAAGAUCCAGAUCCAGGAGUGGUUCGGAAACGGUAUCAAGCGGGCGGCGCUGAUGAACAAGUGGGUUCUGAAGGAAGUGACCAUCGACGAGGACGAGCGCUGCCUCCUCCAGACGGAUGGCUCCUUCCUCUACCUGCUGUGCAAGGACGGGCUGUACAAAGUGGGAUCGGGCUAUAGCGGCACCGUCCGGGGCCAUGUGUAUAAUUCCACUUCGCGCAUCAGGAACCGGAAGGAGAAGAGGUCGUGGCUGGGGUUUGCUCAGGGCUGCCUGCUGUACCGGGACAUGAACAGCCACAGCAUGACCGCCAUCAAGAUCAACCCCGAGACGCUGGAGCAGGAGGGAACCAUCACCAUGCCUGGUGGCCAAGCAGACGGACAGAACAUCGUCUUCACUGAUGGAGAAUAUAUCAAUCAGAUCGCAGCUUGUAAAGACGAUGGCUUUGUGGUGCGGAUCUAUGCCACCAGCCGGGACCCGGCGUUGCAGCAAGAGCUCCAGUUGAAACUGGCUAGAAAGUGUCUCCAUGCCUGCGGGAUCUCGCUCUUCGACCUUGAGAAGGACCUGCAUAUUAUCAGCACUGGGUUUGAUGAGGAGGCCGCACUGCUGGGAGCUGGCAGGGAGUUCGCCCUGAUGAAGACAGCCACAGGAAAGAUCUACUACACAGGGAAGUACCAGAGCCUGGGCAUCAAACAGGGCGGGCCAUCUGCAGGGAAGUGGGUGGAGCUGCCAGUCACCAAGUCACCCAAGAUCGUGCAGUUCUCCGUGGGACACGAUGGCUCACACGCGCUGCUGGUGGCUGAGGACGGCAGCGUGUUCUUCACGGGCUCCGCCAGCAAGGGCGAGGACGGGGAGUCAACAAAGAGCAGGAGACAGCCGAAGCCCUACAAGCCCAAGAAGAUGAUCAAGCUGGAGACCAAGACGGCGGUGUACACGGCCUGCAACAACGGCAGCAGCAGCAUCGUCACCAAGGACGGGGAGCUCUACAUGUUCGGGAAGGACGCCGUUUACAGCGACAGCACCUGCCAGGUUACAGACCUGAAGGGUCACUUCGUAACUCAGGUAGCCAUGGGGAAGGCCCACACCUGUGUCCUGACCAAAAGUGGAGAGGUGUGGACGUUUGGGGUGAACAACAAGGGCCAGUGCGGCCGAGACACAGGGGCCAUGAGCCAGGCGGGGAAAGGGUUUGGAGUGGAGAACAUGGCCACGGCGAUGGAUGAGGACCUUGAGGAGGAGCUGGAGGACAAGGAGGAGAAGUCUCUGAUGUGCCAGCCGGGGAUGCACAAGUGGAAGCUGGACCAGUGCAUGGUGUGCACCGUGUGCGGGGACUGCACUGGCUACGGGGCCAGCUGUGUGAGCAGCGGCAGGCCUGACCGAGUUCCUGGAGGGAUCUGCGGCUGCGGGUCGGGGGAGUCCGGCUGCUCCGCCUGCGGCUGCUGCAAGGCCUGCGCCCGGGAGCUGGACGGACAGGAGGCCAGGCAGAGGGGCAUCUUCGACGCCGUCAAGGAGAUGAUACCACUAGACCUGCUUUUAGGCGUGAAUAUUGAGGAGCACAUCCAGAUCCGGCAGGAGGAGAAACGGCAGCGGAUCAACCGCAGGCACCGGCUGGAGGAGGGCCGAGGCCCCCUUGUUUUUCCUGGCCCCAUUUUUAUGACCCAGCGUGAGCAGGCGCUAGCCAGACUAAGACCCCUUCAGGCCCAGCUAAAGCAUAAACGGGACAAACACAAAGAUGGCAGCAGUGAGCGGGGGGACAAAGACGCCAGCAAGAUCACCACCUACCCCCCCGGGGCGGUGCGAUUCGACUGUGAGCUGCGGGCCGUGCAGGUCAGCUGCGGUUUCCACCAUUCCGUGGUGCUGAUGGAGAAUGGAGAUGUCUACACCUUUGGCUACGGCCAACAUGGCCAGCUGGGGCACGGAGACGUCAACUCCAGGGGGUCUCCUACUCUGGUGCAGGCUCUGCCAGGGCCCAGCAUCCAGGUGACAGCAGGGAGUAACCACACUGCAGUGCUGCUGAUCGACGGGCAGGUGUUCACCUUCGGGAGCUUCUCGAAAGGGCAGCUGGGCCGGCCCAUUCUUGACACGCCCUACUGGAACGCCAGGCCCUCGCCCAUGCCCAACAUCGGGGCCAAAUACGGGCGCAAAGCCACUUGGAUCGGGGCGAGUGGAGACCAGACCUUCCUGAGGAUCGACGAGGCCCUGAUCAACUCCCACGUGCUGGCCACCUCCGAGAUCUUUGCCAGCAAGCACAUCAUCGGUUUGGUCCCCACCUCCGUCUCUGAGCCUCCACCCUUCAAAUGCCUGCUGAUCAACAAGACGGACGGCAGCUGCAGGACCUUCAAUGACUCUGAGCAGGAGGACCUGCAGGGCUUCGGCCUCUGCCUGGACCCUGUGUACGAUGUCAUCUGGAGGUUCCUGCCGGCGACGCGGGAGAUGUGCUGCUACAACGCGGUGAUAGCGGACGCCCGCAUGCCCUCCGCCUCCGACAUCCAGACGCGCUGCAGCAUCCUGAGCCCCGAGCUGGCGCUGCCCUCCGGCUCCCACGCCACCACCACCCGCUCCCACGGCGCCCUGCACAUCCUGGGGUGCCUGGACACGCUGGCCGCCAUGCAGGACCUGAAGAUGGGCGUGGCAAGCACAGAGGAGGAGACGCAGGCCGUCUUAAAGGUUUAUUCCAAGGAGGACUACAGCGUGGUCAACCGUUUUGAGAGUCACGGGGGUGGCUGGGGUUACUCCGCCCACUCUGUGGAAGCCAUCCGCUUCUGCGCCGAUGCCGACAUCCUGCUGGGGGGGCUCGGUCUGUUUGGGGGCCGGGGGGAGUACACCGCCAAAAUAAAGCUGUUUGAACUGGGGCCAGAUGGGGGAGACCAUGAGACAGAUGGGGAUCUCCUGGCCGAGACGGAUGUCCUUGCCUAUGACUGUGCUGCCAGGGAGAAAUAUGCCAUGAUGUUUGAUGAGCCGGUGCUGCUGCAGCUGGGCUGGUGGUAUGUGGCGUGGGCGCGCGUCUCGGGGCCCAGCAGCGACUGCGGCUCUCACGGGCAGGCCACCAUCACCACUGAUGACAGUGUGGUCUUCCAGUUUAAGAGCUCCAAGAAGUCCAACAACGGCACUGAUGUGAAUGCGGGUCAGAUACCACAGCUGCUGUACAGGCUUCCAUCGAACGAUGGCAACGCCGCCAAAGGGAAGCAGCAGAGCAGCGAGCCUGUUCACAUCCUGAAGCGCUCCUUCGCCCGGACCGUCUCCGUGGAGUGUUUCGAGUCCCUGCUGAGUAUCCUGCACUGGAGCUGGACCACGCUGGUGCUGGGGGUGGAGGAGCUGCGGGGCCUGAAGGGCUUCCAGUACACGGCCACGCUGCUGGACCUGGAGCGCCUGCGCUUCGUGGGCACCUGCUGCCUGCGGCUGCUGCGCGUCUACAUCUGCGAGAUCUUCCCCAUCUCAGCCAGCUCCAAGGCAGUGGUGGACGAGUCCAGCAAGCUGGCGGAGUGCGUGGGGAAGACGCGGAGCCUGCUGAAGAAGGUCCUGUCCGAGGGCAUGGACAACUGCCUGACCAAGCUGGACAACGACCCUCAGGGCUACCUGAGCCAGCCGCUGACCCUGCUGGAGGCCGUGCUGCAGGAGUGCCACAACACCUUCACCGCCUGCUUCCACUCCUUCUACCCCACGCCCGCCCUGCAGUGGGCCUGCCUCUGCGACCUGCUCAACUGCCUGGACCAGGACAUCCAGGAGGCUAACUUCCGCACGUCCAGCAGCCGCCUCCUGGCGGCGGUCAUGUCGGCGCUGUGCAACACCUCGGUCAAGCUCACCUCCAUCCUGCCCAUCGCCUACGACGGCGAGGUGCUCCUGCGCUCGCUGGUCAAGCAGGUCAGCACGGAGAACGACUCGGCGCUCGCUCACCGCUUCCCCCUGCUGGUGGCUCACAUGGAGAAGCUUAGCCACACGGAGGAGAACCUGAUGGGCAUGACGAGUUUCCGGGAGGUUCUGGAGAAGAUGCUGGUGAUCGUGGUGCUGCCCGUGAGGAAGAGCCUGAGGAAGGAGGUGGAGCUUUUCUCUCCGCACCUGGUGUCCAACACCUGCGGCCUCCUGGCCAGCAUCGUAAGCGAGCUGACCGCCUCGGCGCUGGGCUCUGAGGUGGACGGACUGAACUCCCUCCACUCGGUGAAGUCCACCCCAAACCGCUUCACCAAGACCAGCCAGGGUCGCAGCUGGAACACGGGCAACGGCUCGCCCGACGCCAUCUGCUUCACCGUGGACAAGCCGGGCGUGGUGCUGGUGGGCUUCUGCGUGUACGGUGGCGGGGGCAUUCACGAGUAUGAGCUGGAGGUGCUCGCUGACGAUGCCCAGACGGAGCAUCCCGGGGACUCGACCCACUCUCACAGAUGGACAUCACUGGAGCUGGUGAAGGGCACCUAUAGCACGGACGACUCCCCCAGCGACAUUGCCGAGAUCCGGCUGGACAAAGCCGUGCCUUUGAAGGAGAAUGUCAAGUACGCCGUCCGCCUGCGCAACUACGGCAGCCGCACGGCCAACGGGGACGGGGGCAUGACCACGGUGCAGUGUUCCGACGGGGUGACCUUCACCUUCAGCACCUGCAGCCUGAGCAGCAACGGGACCAACCAGACCCGCGGCCAGAUCCCACAGAUCCUCUACUACAGGAGUGAGUAUGAUGGGGAUCUGCAGUCCCAGCUUCUCAGCAAAGCCAACGAGGAGGACAAGAACUGCAGCCGCGCGCUCUCCGUGGUCAGCGCGGUGGUCAGGGCAGCCAAAGACCUGCUGCACAGAGCCUUCGCAGUGGACGCUGAAGACAUUCCAGAACUGCUGAGUUCUUCCAGCCUUUUCUCCAUGUUGCUUCCCCUCAUACUGGCCUACAUUGGUCCGGUGGCAGCUUCGGUUCCUAAGGCGGCAGUUGAGGUCUUUGGCCUAGUGCAGGAACUGCUCCCCGCUGUCUCCGCCCUGAACCAGAAAUACGCACCGCCCGCUUUCAACCCCAACCAAUCCACAGACAGCACCACAGGCAACCAGCCGGAGCAGGGUCUGUCUGCUUGCACCACCUCCAGCCACUACGCCGUUAUCGAGAGUGACCACCCGUACAAGCAGGCUGGUGUCACCCAGUACAAGGUGUCCUUCCCGGACUGCGUGCGCUGGAUGACGGUGGAGUUCGACCCGCAGUGCGGCACGGCUCAGCCCGAGGACGCCCUGCGGCUGCUCAUCCCUAGCCGCUCCGCGCACUUCCCCGCCUCGGGCUCCAAGCCCCUGGCCCACGAGACCAUCAACGCCUGGACCGAGCUCAAGAAGUUCUCCACCUCCAGCGGCUGGCCCACCUCCGUGCUGGUGCUGCCAGGAAACGAAGCCCUUUUCUCCUUGGAAACUGCCUCUGAUUAUGUGAAAGAUGAGAAGGCGUGCUUUUAUGGAUUCAAAUGUGUUGCUGUGGGUUAUGAAUUCAAUCCAGGACCAGAUGAAGGCAUUAUCCAGCUGGAGAAGGAGUUGGCAUACCUGGGGAGUGUGUGUGCCGCUGCCCUCAUGAAGAAAGACCUGGCUCUGCCUAUAGGAAAUGAGCUGGAAGAAGACCUCGAGAUUCUUGAAGAGGCGUCUCUUCAGGUGUGCAAGGCCCAUGCAGGCAUCCUGGGGAAGGGGCUGGCUCUGUCACAUUCCCCCACCAUCCUGGAGGCCCUGGAGGGCAACCUGCCCCUCCACCUGCAGAGCAACGAGCACUCCUUCCUGGAGGACUUCAUCACCUGUGUGCAGAACUCCAGCGGGGGCCGGCUGGCCAGGUGGCUGCAGCCCGACUCCUACGCCGACCCGCAGAAGACCUCGCUGAUCCUCAACAAGGACGACAUCCGCUGUGGCUGGCCCACCACCGUGGUGGUGCAGACCAAAGACCAGUACGGAGACGUGGUCCACGUCCCCAACAUGAAGGUGGAGGUGAAAGCCGUGCCCGUCUCUCAGAAGAAGUCCCUGCAGCAGGACAGCAUCAGGAAGCUCCAGCGCUUGCCAGGAAGCUCCUCCUCCUCCACCUCUGGAACCGACCUCACCUUCGGAGGGCUGCCCACGCCCAAACUGGAGGCCACCUAUGAGCCAAUGAUCGUGAAGGAGGCACGCUACAUCGCCAUCACAAUGAUGAAGGCCUAUGAAAAUUACUCCUUUGAAGAGCUCCGCUUCGCAUCCCCAACUCCAAAGAGGCCCAGCGAGAACAUGCUGAUCCGGGCCAACACAGAUGGCACCUACAGCGCCAACUGGACCCCUGGCGCCGUGGGGCUGUACACCAUUCACGUCACCAUAGACGGCAUUGAAAUCGAUGCAGGUCUGGAAGUGGAGGUGAAAGACCCGCCCAAGGGCAUGAUCCCUCCGGGCACACAGAUGAUCAAACCCAAGGCCGAGCCUCAGCCAAGCAAGGUCCGCAGGUUUGUGGCCAAGGACAGCGCAGGGCUGCGCGUGCGCAGUCACCCCUCCCUGCAGAGCGAACAGAUAGGCAUAGUGCAAGUCAAUGGGACCGUCACUUUCAUUGACGAGAUCCACAAUGAUGAUGGUGUGUGGCUCAGACUCAAUGAUGAGACAGUGAAGAAGUAUGUCCCUAACAUGAAUGGCUACACUGAAGCCUGGUGCCUCUCUUUUAACCAGCAUCUGGGCAGAAGCCUUCUGGUCCCUGAUGACAAUGUCUUUAAUGCUAGCCAAGGAGUCAGUGAUACCAACUUUUUGUCUUGGACGUCCUUAACUUUGUGUCCCCAGGAGGCCAGAACGCACUCGGAUGAGUAUUUUAAGGAGGUCAGUGGCCGCCCCUCCCUCGAGGCCCCCAUGCGUGAGCAGGACAGGGCGGGCCUGGGUGGCGGACCAGGCGUUUAUAAGGUAGUGAAGACGGGACCCUCGGGUCACAACAUCAGAAGCUGCCCAAACCUUAGGGGUAUCCCCAUUGGAAUGUUAGUUCUGGGCAACACAGUCAAGGCGAUAGGCGAGGUGACCAAUGCGGAGGGGACGUGGGUGCAGCUGGAUAAGAACAGCGUAGUGGAGUUCUGUGAGAGUGACGAGGGCGAAGCGUGGUCCCUGGCCCGGGACAGAGGGGGGAACCAGUACCUGCGGCACGAGGAAGAGCAAGCAAUUCUGGAGCACGGAGCGCACACUCCCCCACCGAGCCCGUUUUCCGUGCAGGCCUUCAACCGGGCCACAGGGGGCAGCGGCGCGCAGGGAUUCGACUACGGAAUCUCCAACAACAAAGGUGACCGGCUGAGCGCUAUACUGAAUUCCAUUCAGUCUGGGCCUUUCCUCCCAGCUCCCUCCGUAUUUGAGCCAGCCGCCCAACCUCCCUCUUCCCUUGUCCACAGCCCAUUUGUGUUUGGACAGUCCCUUUCCCAGCAGCCUCAGCCGCAACCACAGCUUCCGAUAGACGCUUCAUCACGCAGCCUUGCUUCACGUGAGCGUGUGCACAAAAGCAGUGUGGCCGGGCCAGGCACCGCUCUCUCAUCUCUCGCUCUCAGACAAAAGGGUGAGAGGGGAAACCUGGCGUCCACAUCUCGGCCCAUGUCCCCCGCGGGCAAGCACCGGCAGGAGAGCCGGUCCCCCAAACCAGAGGGGCGUGGCAGCCGAAACUCCGAGCAGGGAAAGACCAGGAACAACGACAGCAUGUCCGCCAGCGAGGCUCUAAUCCUUAGGUCCGACACGGGCAAGCUGAGGUCCGACUCCCACAGCCGGUCCCACUCCCCCAACCACAACACUCUGCAGGCCCUGAAGGCCGACGGCAGGACGCCAGGCCUGAGGGCCGAGUCCCCCACCCCGGGUUCGAGGGCUUCCUCCCCCAAACAGAAAGGCAGCUGCUCUGGCAGGUCCAGCCCCUCCAGCACCGGCUCGCCCCGCCCCUCCUCCCCCCAUGACAAGAACCUACCUCAGAAAGUCAGUACGUCGCCCAAGGCCCGGCUGGACCCUCCCCGCGAGCGAUCCAAAUCUGACUCGUACACGUUGGAUCCUGACACGCUGAGGAAGAAGAAGGUGCCCCUGACGGAGCCCCUGAGAGGCCGGUCAACCUCGCCCAAACCAAAAGUCCCUCCCAAAGACGGGAAAGGGGGCAGCAAUGCGGAGAACCGUGCUCCCUCGCCGCACGUGGUCCAGGAGAACCUCCACAGCGAGGUGGUGGAAGUCUGCACUUCCAGUGCCUUGCUGUCCAACAGUGAGGACGGAAACUCUGAGAAUGUUGAGCUGCGAAGUGCUGAAGAGGGCUCCUCAAAGGUGCAUUUCAGCAUCGGGAAGGCCCCUGUCAAGGAAGAGCUAGAAACGCGUUCCUCCCCCAAAGUCAGCCGCAAGACGUCCAGCCGGCACGUCAGGCCCAAAAAAGACAAGUCCGGACCGCUCUUCAAAGGGGAGGGCCUGCGCCUGGCGGAGCCUGCCAAGCAGGCCAUGUCGCCGUCGGUUGCCGAGUGCGCCCGGGCCGUCUUCGCCGCGUUCCUGUGGCACGAGGGCAUCGUGCACGACGCGAUGGCCUGCUCCUCCUUCCUCAAGUUCAACCCCGAGCUCACCAAGGAGCACGCCCCCAUCCGCAGCUCGCUCGGCGGCCAGCAGGCCGCGGACGAGAAGGAGAGCAAGCUGAAGAACCGCCACUCCCUGGAGAUCUCCUCCGCCCUCAACAUGUUCAACAUCUCGCCCCACGGGCCGGACAUCUCCAAGAUGGGCAGCAUCAACAAGAACAAGGUGCUGUCCAUGCUGAAGGAGCCGCCGCUGCCGGAGAAGUGCGAGGACGGCAAGGCGGAGCCGGUGGCUUACGAGGUGGCCAGCCAUUCCUCCAUGAGGUCCAAGUCCAUCCUCCCCCUCACCCUGCAGCACCUGGUGGCCUUCUGGGAGGACAUAUCCCUGGCGACCAUCAAAGCCGCGACCCAGAACAUGAUAUUCCCCAGCCCCGGCUCCAGCGCCAUCCUCAAGAAGAAGGAGAACGAGAAGGACAGCAAGAAGGCCAAGAAGGAGAAGAAGAAGAAGGAGAAGGCGGAGGUGCGCCCCAGGGGGAACCUCUUUGGGGAGAUGGCCCAGCUGGCCAUGGGAGGCCCAGAGAAGGACACCAUCUGUGAGCUGUGUGGAGAGUCCCAUCCCUAUCCAGUCACCUACCAUAUGAGGCAGGCCCACCCAGGCUGUGGACGUUAUGCUGGAGGUCAAGGCUAUAACAGCAUUGGACACUUCUGUGGAGGCUGGGCGGGUAACUGUGGAGACGGAGGGAUCGGCGGAAGCACUUGGUACCUGGUGUGUGACCGCUGCCGAGAGAAGUAUCUAAGAGAGAAACAGACAGCAGCCAGGGAAAAGGUGAAGCAGUCCAGGAAGAAGCCCCUGCAGGUGAAGACCCCCCGGGCCCUGCCCACCAUGGAGGCGCACCAGGUGAUCCGGGCCAACGCCCUCUUCCUGCUGUCCCUGAGCAGCGCCGCUGAGCCCAGCCUGCUGUGCCACCACCCGCCAAAGCCCUUCCACACCCAGCUGCCCAGUCUCAAGGAGGGAGUGUCCGAAGAGCUGCCCAAUAAGAUCAGCUGCCUCUACCUGCAGACGCUGGCACGGCAUCACACAGAGAACUUUGGGGCCUACCAGGACGACAACCUCUUCCAGGAUGAGAUGCGAUACCUGCGCUCCACCUCGGUUCCUGCACCUUACAUCUCAGUCACCCCAGAUGCCUGUCCCAACGUCUUCGAGGAGCCGGAGAGCAACAUGAAGUCCAUGCCUCCCAGUCUGGAGACCAGUCCCAUCACUGACAGCGACACGGCGAAGAGGACCGUCUUCCAGAGGUCCUACUCAGUGGUGGCCUCCGAGUACGACAAGCAGCACUCAGCCUCUCCCGCUCGCGUGAAGGCCGUACCCCGGCGUAGGGUCCACAGUGGAGACGCCGAAGUGGGCUCCUCGCUGCUGCGCCACCCCUCUCCCGAGCUCUCCCGCCUCAUCUCCGCCCACGGCUCCCUCAGCAAGGGCGAACGGAACUUCCAGUGGCCCGUGCUGGCCUUUGUCAUCCAGCACCACGACCUGGAGGGGCUGGAGGUGGCCAUGAAGCACGCGCUGCGCAAGUCCGCCUGCAGGGUCUUCGCCAUGGAGGCCUUUAAUUGGCUGCUUUGCAACGUGAUCCAGACGACCUCGCUCCAUGACAUCCUGUGGCACUUUGUGGCCUCCUUGACACCCUCGCCUUUUGAGCCUGAGGAGGAGGAGGAGGAAGAGAACAAAGCUAACAAGGAGAAUGCGGAGCAGGAGAAGGACCUUGGCGUGUGUGAACACCCGCUCUCUGACAUCGUGAUCGCCGGGGAGGCCGCUCACCCCCUCCCCCACACCUUCCACCGUCUCCUCCAGACCAUCUCUGACCUCAUGAUGUCGCUGCCCAGUGGUAGCUCCCUGCAGCAGAUGGCCCUUCGGUGUUGGAGCCUCAAGUUUAAGCAGUCGGACCAUCAGUUCCUGCACCAGAGCAAUGUCUUUCACCACAUCAACAACAUCCUGUCCAAGUCAGAUGACGGGGACAGUGAGGAGAGCUUCAACAUCAGCGUGCAGUCUGGAUAUGAGGCCAUCAGCCAGGAGCUGUGCAUGGUCACCUGCCUUAAGGACCUGACCAGCGUAGUGGACAUCAAGACGUCCAGCAGGCCGGCCAUGAUCGGCAGUCUGACCGACGGCUCCACGGAGACAUUCUGGGAGUCUGGGGACGAGGACAAGAACAAGACCAAGAGCAUCACCAUCAGCUGUGUGAAGGGAAUCAAUGCUACCUACGUGUCUGUGCAUGUGGACAACUCCCGAGACAUUGGGAACAAAGUGACAUCUAUGACGUUCCUGUGUGGGAAAGCAGUGGAGGAUCUCUGCAGAAUUAAACAGGUGGACCUGGACUCGCGGCACAUGGGCUGGGUCACCAGCGAGCUGCCCGGCGGCGACCACCACGUCAUCAAGCUGGAGCUGAAGGGCCCGGAGAACACCCUGCGUGUGCGGCAGGUCAAGGUGCUGGGCUGGAAGGAGGGCGACAGCAUCAAGAUCGCCGGGCAGAUCUCGGCCAGCGUGGCCCAGCAGAAGAACUGCGAGGCCGAGACGCUGCGCGUGUUCCGCCUCAUUACCUCACAGGUGUUUGGAAAGCUGAUCAGUGGAGAUGCAGAGCCGACACCAGAGCAGGAGGAGAAGAACCUGCUGUCAUCCCCUGAGGGAGAGGACAAGGCUCCGUCUGAUGCAGACUUGAAAGAACACAUGGUGGGAAUCAUAUUCAGCAGGAGCAAACUCACCAACCUGCAGAAACAGGUGUGCGCCCACAUCGUCCAGGCCAUCCGCAUGGAGGCCACGCGCGUGCGCGAGGAGUGGGAGCACGCCAUCUCCAGCAAGGAGAACGCCAACUCCCAGCCCAGCGACGAGGACGCCUCGUCCGACGCGUACUGCUUCGAGCUGCUGUCCAUGGUGCUGGCGCUGAGCGGCUCCAACGUGGGCCGGCAGUACCUGGCCCAGCAGCUCACCCUGCUGCAGGACCUCUUCUCCCUGCUGCACACAGCCUCGCCCCGCGUGCAGAGACAGGUGACCUCCCUGCUCAGACGUGUGCUCCCCGAGGUGACCCCUGCCCGGCUGGCCAGCAUCAUAGGGGUGAAGGCCCUGCCACCUGCGGACAUCAGCGACAUCAUCCACUCCACGGAGAAAGGUGACUGGAACAAGCUGGGCAUCCUGGACAUGUUCCUGGGCUGCAUCGCCAAGGCGCUGACCGUCCAGCUCAAGGCCAAGGGCACCACCAUCGUGGGCACAGCGGGCACCGCCGCCGGAAAGGGCGUGACCACCGUCACACUGCCCAUGAUCUUCAACUCCAGUUAUAUCAGGAGGGGGGAGAGUCACUGGUGGAUGAAGGGCUCCACACCUCCACAGAUCGCUGAGAUCAUCAUUAAGCUGGUCAAAGACAUGGCUGCUGGCCACCUAUCAGAGGCUUGGUCCAGGGUGACAAAGAAUGCCAUUGCAGAGACCAUUAUUGCCCUCACCAAGAUGGAGGAAGAACAUCGCGCACCAGUGCGCUGCAUCGCCACCACCAGGCUGUGGCUGGCUCUGGCCUCUCUGUGUGUGCUGGACCAGGACCAUGUUGACAGGCUGUCCUCAGGACGAUGGAUGGGCAAGGACGGGCAGCAGAAACAGAUGCCCAUGUGUGAUAACCAUGACGACGGAGAGACGGCGGCCAUCAUCCUGUGUAACAUGUGUGGGAACCUGUGCACCGACUGCGACCGCUUCCUUCACCUGCACCGCCGCACGCGCUCGCACCAGAGACAGGUAUUUAAAGAGGAGGAGGAAGCCAUCAAGGUGGACCUUCAUGAAGGCUGUGGGAGGACCAAGCUCUUCUGGCUGAUGGCGCUGGCUGACUCUAAGACCAUGAAGGCCAUGGUGGAGUUCCGGGAGCACACAGGCAAGCCGGCCUCCAGCAGCUCAGAGGCCUGCCGGUUCUGUGGCACCAGGAGUGGCACAGAACUCUCUGCGGUAGGCAGUGUGUGCUCAGACCCUGACUGUCAGGAGUAUGCCAAGCUGGCCUGCAGUAAGACACACGCGUGCGGUCACCCGUGCGGGGGCGUGAAGAACGAGGAGCAGUGCCUGCCCUGCCUGCACGGCUGCGACCGGAGCACGGCCUGCCUGAAGCAGGACGCCGACGACAUGUGCAUGAUCUGCUUCACAGAGGCCCUGUCGGCCGCGCCCGCCAUCCAGCUGGACUGCAGUCACGUGUUCCAUCUCCAGUGCACGCGCCGGGUUCUGGAGAACCGCUGGCUUGGACCCCGAAUUACCUUUGGAUUCAUGUCCUGUCCCAUCUGCAAGAAUAAAAUUAACCAUUCAGUGAUUAAGGACUUGCUGGACCCCAUUAAAGAGCUUUAUGAAGAUGUGAGGAGGAAAGCUUUAAUGAGACUUGAAUAUGAAGGACUGCAUAAGAGUGAGGCAAUUACCACUCCUGGUGCACGCUUCCACAACGACCCUGCUGGCUUUGCCAUGAACAGAUACGCCUACUACGUCUGCUACAAGUGCAAAAAGGCCUACUUUGGUGGAGAAGCGCGGUGCGAUGCAGAGGCAGGACAGGGGGAUGACUAUGACCCCAGCGAGUUGAUCUGUGGAGCAUGCUCAGAUGUGUCCAGGGCACAGAUGUGCUCCAAACAUGGUACUGACUUCCUGGAGUACAAAUGCCGUUACUGCUGCUCGGUGGCUGUGUUUUUCUGCUUUGGGACGACGCACUUCUGCAACGCCUGCCAUGACGACUUUCAGAGGAUGACCAGUGUCCCCAAAGAGGAGCUGCCCCACUGUCCUGCUGGUCCAAAAGGCAAGCAGCUGGAAGGGACUGAAUGCCCACUGCAUGUGGUGCACCCACCGACAGGGGAGGAGUUUGCCUUGGGCUGCGGAGUGUGCCGAAACGCGCACACCUUCUAAAUCCCAGGGGGGCUACCCACCCCCCACCCACUUUUCACCCCACUUCUGCACACAGCUGUGACCGCUGGCUGUGUGAGUGAUGCCCCCCCCCCCCCCUUUCUCCUUGCGCGGGGCGGCUCACGCGACGUAAACCUCGGGAUUGACAGGAAGCUGGGCCUGGCUCUGAGUCCGAGCCUGCGUGUGCUCUGGGUUCCAGAAGAAAAGAUUUAAAAAAAAAAAAAAAAAAAGAAAAUGAAAAAAAAAACUUGUGACGUGUUUUGCAUGCGGCCGCUGUAACCCUCGGCUCCCAUAAACGUUGCACACCUCCUGAUCACUGAAGUGUAACAAUGCAUCGAAAAAUUACAACUGAAUAAAAAAAAAAAAUCUGCUCAUAGCAAGUGUGGAUGAACAUGGAAAAAAAAGAUAAAACCAUACUUCCGGCUUCUUAACUAUGAAUACAAAAAAAAGAUAUUGUUAUAUGUAUACUGACUUUUUUGGUAAUUCUGUACAGUACUCUCCAUCGUCGACUGCAUCAUCAUGGUUCAACCAGAAAGAAAGUCUGAUGGGGAUGAUUAAAGGAGACUGUUAAGAAUGUUAUGUUUGGAAAGCAAAUAGUGUACGAUUUAUCUAAUCUUGUAUAUAAUGAUGGUAUCCAAAAUAGGUGUAUUCCGAAGUUGCUACUCUACACUUCAGUUUGAUAAUUUUGGGUUAUGUUUUGAGCCUGAACUUUUAAUGAAGUGCAAUAUUGGGUGUGUCCCCUCUCUUGCAGCAGUAAACAUAUGGAAUGUAUAUGUCAAUAAAGCCACUGUACAUUUUUAUACAGUGAUAAAAAAAAGGCUGUUGUGUUUUCCCCUGCAAAGUGUCAGAUCACCUCUGUACUCAGAAAUGUGUUGAGAAGCCUAAUGUCUGCAGUGUCUAAAAGCUGAUGUGUACAAAAUCCCAUUUUCAACUCCUCACUAUGUUACAAUGGGAAAAAGACCCCAUUUCUGUAUUUUUAAAAAAAAAAAACAAAACAAAGGGUGAGUAUAAUAUUGCAUCGUAUUGUUGGAGCUGAAAACUACUUUGGGGCCAGACCUCACACCAAAAAAAAAAAAAUUAGAUUGUGGAAUGGUCUUGUGUUUCUCUUUUGAGACAUACUGUUCUGACUGAGAAUAUGAAUCGUAGACCAGUGUGAGGAAGUGAAGGAUUGUGAGGGUUUUGGGGUGGCAUGGGUGGGGGUGUGAAAAACAGCUGCUGUUGAAAUGAUUAAUUCUUGUAAAUCUGCUCUGUGAUAUCUGCAGUGGAUGGAGUUGAAUGGUAAUAAACCAGGUCUCUGUUUCACAAGGUACAUUAAAAGGGUUUCCAGAGUGUCUU